AUGGCGGCGCACAGGAACAUAGAAAUAACAAUCAUCUCCGCCAAAGAUCUGAAGAACGUAAGGCCCCUCGUGGGUUGCAUGCGCACACAGGCAAUUGCAUGGAUCAACGACGAGAAGUACUACACGUCCAUAAAUGAAAAAGACGGCGUUAAUCCCAAAUGGAACCGCCGCAUGUACUUCAGCGUGGAAGAGAAGCUUCUAGAACAUUCUGUACUAACAGUGGCUGUAUACAGUAUACGAGGAAUGCUUGGCACAAGGGAUAGAAAGCUUGGAGUGGCACAAAUACCACUUCAGGACUUUGUCUUCAGGCCUCUCAAUAAUGUUUAUUAUGGGUGUUAUGAACUCUGCAAUUUGAGGAGUAAAAGAUUUAGGGGGUUUCUCAAUGUGGGUAUUAAAGUCGGAGACCUGUAUCUCCAAACCCAAAUCCCUGAAAGUAGUAAACAGUUGGUACGUUAUAGUGGGUCUAAGCGUUCUCUGGAUAAAAUCUGUUCCCCAUGCAAGAGGCAUGCAACUCCUCGUCGUAGUUCUGAGGAGUCUGAUGAUCAUGUUCUUUCAACCCCACUGAAAAAAUGUAAGAAGUUUGAAGAUUAUGAUGUUUAUAAUGAUGAUGAGGCCAACGACUCUGGUCGGAAUAAGGUUCAGAUCUAUGUUUUUUGA